AUGGCUCCAUGGGGCAACCUGGUCACAGGUUCUAAUUCUAGUUUUGGACAGUCUGUUUCACUCUACCUCACUGGAAUUCCUGGCUAUGAGAAUUUUCAUCACGUUAUUUCCAUCCCCUUUUGUGUGUUAUACACAAUUGGAAUAGUGGGCAACUGUACAAUUCUUCAUGUCAUUCGCACUGAUAAGAGUCUCCACGAGCCCAUGUACUAUUUCCUGACCAUGCUGUCCCUCACCGACAUGGGCAUGUCCAUCUCCACCCUACCCACAGUGCUGCAAGUCUUCUGGUUUGAUGCUCGGGAGAUUGAAGUGAAUGCUUGUGUAGUCCAGAUGUAUUUCAUUCAUACUUUUUCUCUGAUGGAGUCAGCUGUGCUCCUAGCCAUGGCUUUUGACCGGUAUGUUGCCAUAUGUGAUCCUUUGAGGUAUUCUAGCAAACUGACCGCACAACGCAUUGUCUACAUAGGGAUCGCCAUUGUCAUCAGAUGCGCAAUUGUCCUCCCUGUUAUUGUUGUUCGGAUUCCUAAAUUUACCUUCUGUCGCUCCCAUGUUCUCUCGCACUCUUUUUGCUUGCAUCAAGAUGUCAUCCGGUUGGCCUGUGAUGACAUAUCUUUCAACAUUUUGUAUGGCUUGUUUGUUGUUGCUUGUUAUUGGGGUGUAGAUUCUCUAGGAAUCUUCAUAUCUUAUGCUUUCAUCCUCCGCUCUGUGCUAAGUAUUGCAUCCAAGGGAGGGAAGCUAAAAGCCCUUAAUACAUGUGCCUCCCACAUUUGUGCUGUACUCAUUUUGUAUGUGCCAAUGAUAGGGCUAUCUAUGGUGCAUCGUUAUGCAAAACAUUCCUCCCCUAUUAUCCACAUAACUAUGGCCAAUAUUUACCUCUUAGUCCCACCGGUACUCAACCCAAUUAUUUAUAGCGUCAAGACAAAGCAGAUUCGCCAAGGCUUCCUAAAGAUAUUUUUAGCCAGAAGGUUUGGGCUUAAUUAA